AUGUCUCAGUCUGUAGAGCAGUCCGACGGUAGAUUGUACUGUGCCGAAAACGCCAGCGAAGUGGUCCAAUUCGAUGCCGAUAACCUGAUCUCCGAUUUCACAUCACCAUCGCAACCGGAAGACUCCGUUAUCAAUCAACUCAUCGAUUCGGAGCCCCAUCACAUGCCCCACCCGGACUAUCUCCGUCUCUGUCAAGACCACUCCGUCGACCUCACUGCACGCCAAGACUCCAUCAACUGGAUCCUCAAGGUUCAUGCACACUAUCACUUCAGACCAGUAACGGCGUUUCUGUCUGUGAAUUACUUCGACCGUUUUCUCUCUGUUCACUCUCUUUCGCGGGGAAAUGGGUGGCCGUUCCAGCUACUGUCGGUGGCGUGCCUGUCUUUGGCGGCAAAAAUGGAGGAACUGUACGUUCCGCCAUUGAUAGACCUCCAAGUGUUGGAACCAAAGUUUAUCUUCGAGCCCAAGACAGUACAGAGAAUGGAGCUCUGGGUCAUGGCCAACCUCCAUUGGAGACUACGCUCAGUCACACCUUUUGACUACCUCGAUUACUUCAUCUUCAACCUCACUUUUUCCGGGUCCAAAACCAAUCAUUUUGCCCACAUUUUAUCCUCUUCCUCAGAUCUUACUCUGAACACCACUCGUGUGAUCGAUUUCUUGGGGUUUCCGCCGUCGGUUGUUGCAGCGGCCGCCGUGCUUUCCGCCGCCGGUGAAACUGCCGGAUUACCCGAUACCUGUUACGAGAGAGUGAACAAAGAAAUGGUGAGAAGCUGUCGCCAACUAAUCGAGCAGUACCUGGUUGACACGUGCCCCUCAAAUACUCCAAAGGAUCUGAGAACCGUACCGGCGGCUCCGCCCAGUCCCGUCGGCGUUCUUGACGCAGCCGCCGCAUGCUGCAGCUGCGACACUAGGUCCGACAAUCCCGUUCUCGGUUCCGAGUCAUGCUCGGUCUUGGCCUCCGUGUUCAAUGAAUCGGACCCUCCAAAUAAACGGCUAAGAUCUUCUGCAGAUGAUGUACAGCAACAGGAACCGUAG